AAAAGAUAUGACAGGAAGUGAAAGUUGUAAACUUUUUUUUCUAACCAGCAAAUAUGUGUUCCAAUUAACAGACUGAGAAUGUGCGUUAUUUGACAACGUUUUAGAAGAAUGAAUUGAUUAAAUUGCAAUAAGAUUAUUUAACUCCUCGAUGGAAGUGAUUUUAGCAGUAGUUCGUCCAAAGCAGAAUGUAUCUGGGCAAGAUUACAGGGCAAAAUUGUAUGAUAUUUUGUUACUGGACCAUAAAAAUGUUGAUAGGCAUGGGAAGCAAAAGUAUUUUCCAUCGUUUCACCUUACAGUGGAAAAGGAACCUAGAGAUCUCAUUCUUUCACAUUUAUAUACAAUAACAGGUGGAGAUCAUGUUGGGAUUAAGGGGGAGAGAGCCCUUAUUGUUCCAUGGACUAAAGAUGGACAGCGAUCUUCUCUCUCAAGGUUUACACUCUAUUGCAUUCCCAUAAGCCCGCGUGAUAAGUUAAACAGUGUGUUUGUUGAUAAAUCACCAAACAGUCCCGGAUUUUAUUCAUUGGAAACACUGCUUCAUUCAUUGAACUCAUCAAUGAAUUUUCCUCCGCCAACUAAAACUUGUGUAAUGCAAAUAGACAAAUGGCUGAAAGAAAAACAUUCAAAACCUGGUGCUUUAGAAUUAGUUUUUCGCUCAAGAGCAGAUUUCAGAGUCAAAUUUACAGUUAGUAAUCCUGCAUUUCUUCCAAUUAGUAUGGGUCUUUCAGACAGCACUGGAUCUUCAUCUACCCUUUAUCUAAGAACGUUGAUGAGUGACUUCCCGGAAGAAAUAAGGAUAGCAGCUAAUGAAUAUUCUGCGAAGAUGAUGGCAAUUGAAAAGUGCACUAAAGUUGUGAUGAAUCCAUUAUUUGGAACAAAUCUUGUACCUGGAAACAGACCUUUGAGAACUGUUCCUUGUCCCCCACCUGAUUAUAUAAAAUCUGUAACUAAUUCAAGAAAAAGUAGUUUGAAUAGUUCAAUAGACCCAGAUAGCUAUUCUUUGGAAGAAAGAGAAUUAUACCCGGUGCAUAUGUUUGCUGCAAAAGGAGAUGUGUCCAAAGUUCGGGAUUGUAUUUCAAGGCAUUAUCAGCUUGCUAUGAGAGAUCCCUAUGGUUGGACACCGAUUCACUUUGCAGCAUGGUUUGGCUAUGAAGAAAUUGUACAGAUGUUGCUGAAUGCUGGAUGCUCACCAAACGUUCUCAAUUCAGAUGAUCGCACUCCGCUACACCUGAGUGCUAUAAAAGGAUACCCGGCUGUAGUGAAAGUUUUGCUGAAUCAUCCAGAGUUAGACAUCAAUCUUGUGGAUAAGAAAGGUAGAACAGCAUUUGAAAUGUGUGAACAGAAAUUUAGUUUGGAGCAUAAAGAGGUAGCAAAGUGUCUAGUGAAAGCAGCAAGACAGCCAAGACAAAUACAGGUAUUGACAAUGGAUGGAAACAGUAUCAGCUUGAACCUUAUUGAUGGAGCUAACACAACUGUGCAGCAAUUGAACCAACAGAUGCUGAAAGAAUUCAAUAUGCCGGAGAUUCCAUAUGCCGAUAUUUUCACAAUCUGGAUAUGCUCCCCAAGUCUAGAGCUACAGCUGAAACCAGAACAUAAACCCCUAGAGCACAUGAGUAGCUGGCAGUACAAGAUCGUCGGAAAUUUGACUGAUGGAGAUCCAACACAGGAGGAACCACAUUUAAAAUGGAGACGAAACGCAAAAAUUAGUUUAAUUGUUGAAAGAGUUGUGGAUCACCCUCAUGCUGUAAGACUUUUGUUCCAUGAAGCUAAACAGAAUUAUAUAAAUGCUUUCUACCCAUGCAAAGAGCCAGAUGUACUGCUUUUUGGCUCCAUACUUCUGUAUCUCAGCCACAGCUCAGACCAACAGUCUGCCAGAUCUUUUGUUUCUACUCACAGAAACUUACAACAGCUUGUGCCCCAACCAAACUUGAAAUCAAAAUCAAACUGGGGAAAUCGUAUCUAUCACAAGUAUCGUGAUCUCUGUGCAAAAGAUCAGCCGUUGCGGACACAGGUGCUACAACUUGAGUUUCUCAAUAAUUGUCGCAAUUUGACUGUGUACGGUUCUGCUUUUUUCACUGGUGACCUACAAACCGGUAACCCACGGCAACAAGGAAAAUGUUUUAUUGCCGUUAAUGACGUAGGUAUACACAUCAUAAACUUUCAGAGCCGUGUGAUGCUUCACAGCUACAAAUACUCUGAAAUUAACUGGAUUCUACCAAAUGAAUAUGGUAUGUUAGAACUAAAUGUAGUCAGAAGUGUUCCACGUCAAGGUGACAGGCAUAAUUCACUAAAUCCGUUGAAACUGAGAACCAAACAGGCAGGAACAAUUAAUCAUCUGAUGAAGAAAUUAUCACGCAUUACUUACGGAAUCAUGACCAGACCCCUUAGUGUUGAAUAGGACAGAUCUAGUAUUAUUUACUAUUACAUAAAGGGCGUCUUGUGUAGAAACAUCAGUGUGAAUUACUUUCAGAAAUCUCAGUUAAAAGGUCUUUAUGCUGUUGUCUCAAAUUCUCAUUUCAUUCAAACAUAUUCUCUUUUCAUUUUAUCAGGAUUUUUUCUCUCUCUUUUUCUCCAAAUAGCCAGAGAAGUACAGUACUUUGUGCUCAGAAUUUACUACAAAGUUUAACUGGAAUCAGUCUAAGACUUAAAUGCAUAUCAUUGGUUGAUUCCAAGUACAGCUUAUAAAUUGACCAAUGGCAGGGUUACAAACAUUUGCAACAAAUCAGACUGGUCCCUUAAAGCUUGUUUAAUAAACUUUUAAAAUGUAACAGGUCUACAUGUACAAUGAAAUGUAAAGUUUUACUGUUAAGGAAGUUGAGAUAAAAACGAAUUUUGUCAACAUGUGCUGUUCACCUGAAGUUUGUUUGUAUUUAGAUAAGGUAAUCGAGGAAAGAGAAGUUUGUUUAUGUUAGGCUUUCUAAAUGUCAUCUUGAAGUUUAUUGUUGAGAAAACAAAGAUACCGUUUGUGACCUUUUAGUGAUAAAAUGAGACUUUUAUAAACCUACCCCUUUACCUUUUAGAUGACAGCUUCCAAGUAUUAAACUUUUUGUACUUUGUAGCUCUUUUUCUCUCAGUUUUAUUGAAUUUGCAAUGAAUUUAUUAUACCCAUUAUAUCUGCAUAAUGACAUAUUCUUAGUUCAGCAAAUACAAAAUUUAUCAAUUUUUAAUCAAUAACAAAAUAUAUAUUGCACAUUUAAGUGUAUUAAUUAACAGGGUAUUUUUUGUUCAAUAAUAACAUUAGGUUGUACCAGAAACGAAGCAAUUUUCAAAAUUUUUGAUAAAUUUUUGAUAAUCUUAUUACUACAUGUAUGAUAAUUAUGUACUAUCCAUGAAAAAAGUUUGUGGUACAUAAUGUAUAUCAAUUUGUUUACUUUCCUGUAUUCAAUUUUCAUUUAAUGAUAAAGCAGCACGCCUCCAGCUUCAAUGUUAAUUUUCAUGAAAAUUUUGGAAAUGUAUUUAAAAAGUAAAAUAUUGUGAGGUAAACAAAUAAAGUAAUUUACAUAUUGCAAUCGGCACUAACAAUCUAAGAAAAUUACUGAAAAAGUGGUCAACAUAUGCAAAAACAGCUCUUUCUGCAUUAGUAACGCAGUAGAAAUAUGGUGAUAAAAUACUGCAAAGCCAGUCUUAAACGACAUAUAACAUGUGAAAUAUAAUUUGGAUCUUGAAUGUUUUUUACUUUUCUUAAUAUUUUUGUAUAUUUUUCUCAAUAUUGAUUUUCUUGAAAUAUUUUGGCUCAUCUGGAGGUGUGCAGCCUUAAGUGUUACAUGUACAUCUUUAAUUUACAGUAGUCUUUCAUAGCAUCAAAGUUUGAGUGAAUGAUUUAGGAAAAUGUCAUCUAUCAUCUAGGUUAAUCUGUUACAUGUGCAUUGUACAUACAUGUACAAAAAUACAUGUACAUGUAGGUGGUGCUAUGUAUGCAAAUUAGCACAAUGUUCAGAUUACUGCAGGGACCCAGUAAAUGCGUGGACUUCUACACUUGAACUUUGUCCUGUUAUGUCUUUACAUUUUAAAAAGGCCACUAUCAAACUAUAGAGAAUCAGUGGACAUUGCAAUACCACCUGUCUUUAUGUAACAAAUUGAGCACUUACACUGUUUUAUUACCAUAUUUUAGAGACGGCUUAUGGCAAUAUUGGCCAUUCUUUCUAGAUACCGGUCUUUUGAGAUAGGUUUCAGUGGUACAAUUACAUGUACAGUGAUUUGCUUAAUUGUUUUGCAAUUUUUUUCUGCAAGAAAGAAAUGCUUUUGCGAAAUGAAAUGUUGGGAAAUUCUCAGAAUUGGAAAUUUUCAACACUUUAAGCUGUGGAGAUAAUGAAAAAAUUCUGCUUGAUCAAAAAAACAAACAAAAAAACACUGAAACUAUUAUGAGCUUCAUUUAUAUUAAAUGAAUACAUGUUUAUGGUGCUAGCAAUAUAUGUUCUUGAAAAUUUUCAAGAUGCUAUAAUACAUGGGUUUUUGUUUGGGCAUAGGUUUGAAGGCAUUUUGUUUUGUUGAAUUAGGGCUAGAAUUAUGUGAAAUGAAAGAAAACUUAAGAUAUUUGUUAUCAAAUAUUGUAUUUUUGUAUAAUUAUUGAUGAUUUGUUAGUUAAUACCACAUGUACAUGUAAGUAGAAAUAUUUUACUGCUAUUUUUAGUUACAGCGCUAAAUAUGUUAGUUAUUUACAGUUAUUUCACAUUUGUUACUUACUAAUGUAGUUCACUGCACUUUCUGUUGUAAGCAUGUUAAGGCCUUUUUUAAGGUACACAAUGUACCUAAUGACUUAUAACCUUGUCUGUAUACAUGUAGGUCAUUAAAGUAAGAACAUAUGAGAAAAAAAAUGUUUCAACUUUAUGAAAUCAUGUCUUUGAUGAUAAUAAUAAUAAUAAUAAUGUUAUAUAGUUUACGUAAUUCUGUAUUUCUAAUUUAUUUUUAUUUCAUUAGUCAGCAUACAAUUUGCUAAAAGCAAGAACAUUUAUGUAGAAUUACAAGUUAACUUAUUUAGUGUAAAUGAUUGGGCCAUGAGUUAUGGCAGCACCACAAAAUAAUCCUCCCAGCUUUACUCAUAGGGACAUGAGUGGUACAGUGCUGAUACCUAAAUAGAUCAUCUGUUGUUGGGGUAAACUGCUCUUGGGGGACAUUUUUGGUAAGCUGGUCAUACCGGUCUCUAUGGUAAACUGGUCAUAGACUGUUACUGCAGUGUUGCGUUGAUCCUAUAAUUUAUGCAUUUUUUUGUGCAUUAAAAGGUUGUACUGAUUUAUUUACAUAUUUUAUUGAUGAAAUGUUAUUUAUUGAAUUAUUGACACAGUUUUGAUGCAAAGUCAACAGUUAUAAAGAUAGGUUUCACAAAUGUAGCAAGCUCGACAUUUUUCAAAUUUUUGAUACACAUUUUCUAAAUGAAUGGUUGUUUAUGUAAAGGGAAUUAAGAUUUAAAUAAAUGAAUAUGAAUAUGUUUAGCAUUUAUUGAAAUGAGAUGUAAAUCAUUGAUGUUAAAGCAGCAUGUCUGAGACAUAGUAAGGUUAUUUUAGUUUGUAAAGGAAAAAGUGAUUAAAGUAGGAAUAAAAUGAAAUGGUUGCAUUUAAUGAUUUUAUAAAGUUGUAUUCUUGAAUAAUUAUAUUCUUAGUUAGAAAGUAAUAUUAUAAUAAAGGAUUUCAAAAAUUGAGUCACAAGUAUGUGGAAAUAGUCUUUUGAUAAGAUAUUUCAAGAAUUUGUCACAAGUAUAUGGGAAUACAUGUACUAUUUUGAUAAAAGAUUUCAAGAAUUUCAGUCACAAGUAAAUUGUACAUGUAUGUGGAAAUAGUCUUUUGAUAAAAUAUUUCGCGAAUUUAUGUCAAUGGUCGAAACUCAGACUUUGCUGUAAGUCAUUGCUGUCUAAAUUCAAAGUCAGGUUUAGUCCAUUACAGUAAUUCAGUAGGGGAAAGGCGCUGGAAAAAAAACAUCAUUUGAUAUUAUAAAUUAAUAUUUCAGGCAUAUUGAAAUACAAAUUUUGGUAUGAAAUGAAAUAUGUUUGAUUGUAUUUAUUGUUUUGUUUAUGUUGGUACCAGUCAAGUCUGUCAUAAAGACCACCUGGGAAUAUAGACUACCUUAUGCCUCUAAAGAUUCUUGUGACUGUUUUAAAAUACCAAAGAUUUUUACUUUUGAUUGUAACUUUUAUGAUGAACAACCAUAUUUAUAAGUCAGUUUAAACCAUUCUCUAUCAGUGGUCUUAUUAAAAGGGGUCUGGUCUUUAUGAAGAGGGUUUGAUUCUAAAUGCUUGGUUUUACAAAGAAUUGUAAACUUUGUGGGCAAAUCUGCAUAUUGCUUGCUUUAAUUAUUUAUUUACAAGUCACGCUUGUUUAUUGUGAAGAAAAAUUAAGAUUUAUUAAAUUGUUAUCAUUGCA